AUGGAAAAACACAGCAACACCAUCAUGGCCCCUUCAUCUCCGACACCAACAACGUUUGUUCAAGCAGACACUACCACCUUCAGAGAUGUAGUCCAAAAGCUAACCGGCGCAUCCGGUGGCUCCCAAGACAAACUCCCGGUAACUCAUCCUGCAAGGCUCUCUACCAAACCCCUUGAACCCACAGGCAUUCGCCGGUCAACCUUCAAGCUCCAAGAACGUCGGCAGCACACCAUGAGAAAACUUGAAAUCAAACUCGGUCUCUUUUCACCGGUACAGAGCCCUGUGACCCCACUCGGGACCCAGUCCUCGCCGGAGGAGGAGGAGGAGGAGGAGGAGGAGAGGGCUAUUGCGGCAAAAGGGUUUUACAUGCAUCCGUCGCCACGGAAAGCACAGCCGCCGGAGCUAUUGACUUUGUUUCCGUUGACUUCGCCCAGACACUAG